UUGCCCCUGUUCUUUGCCUCUGGUUUUGUUGGUGAGGAUAUCACAGUGAUGUCUGCAUUCAACCUGCUGCAUUUGGUGACAAAGAGCCAGCCAGUGGCCCUGCGAGCCUGUGGGCUUCCCUCAGGGUCAUGUAGGGAUAAAAAGGACUGUAAGGUGGUCUUUUCCCAGGAGGAGCUGAGGAAGCGGCUGACACCUUUGCAGUACCAUGUCACUCAGGAGAAAGGGACGGAAAGUGCCUUUGAGGGGGAGUACAUACAUCAUAAAGCUCAAGGAAUAUACAAAUGUGUUGUUUGUGGAACUCCUUUAUUCAAGUCAGAAACAAAGUUUGACUCCAAUUCAGGUUGGCCUUCCUUCUAUGAUGUGAUCAGUCCUGAUGCAGUUACUUUCGCUGAUGAUUUCUCCUACGGGAUGCACAGAAUUGAAAUAUCCUGCAGUCAGUGCGGCGCCCACCUGGGCCACAUUUUCGACGACGGACCUCGUCCCACUGGCAAACGCUACUGCACAAACUCGGCGGCGUUGUCCUUCGCAGCGGCCGACAAGAGCAGCGCGGGAGAGGGCAGCGCCGCCCGCCCUGCCCAGACAGGCAAAGCGGAGCUGUAGCGCACAGCAAGGAAACUGGCCGCAUCCCACGCAGCUUACAAGGAAUGUUUCCCAAAUUGCCUGCUAUCCUUUAUCCUAAGAAUGUUUAAAAGCGUGAAACCAUGUUGCACCAUCCUUUUAAAUCCUCUCUUCCUUGAAUUUGAGGCCUUGCUCGCCAGUGCAUUUUACUAUGUAAUUGGAUUUUAGAAUGUGUUGACUGAAUCCACAGGUUUUCCUUUUCUUUUUUUUUUUGGAAAUUACUUUGGGGAAUCCUUAAAUCAAGAGGCUUUGGCACCGUUAGUUAUUAGUUUCUUUUAGUGCAGUGUUACCCUAGGUUUGAACAAUUUUCCUUCUCGUAGGGAGAUGGGAAUUGUGGCUCUCAUCKCUCUAUAGGAAACUUCUGGGCAUAAGGAAAUGCUGAACUGCCAGCACGUCUCUGCUUUGUCCUGACUUGCGAGGCAUGCAGCCCUUGGCCGUAUGUGUUCAACCAUCCUCCAGGACCAACCACAUCCUGCAAAAACUUGUGCUCAUGGCUGUUCCUUCCCAAUGGAGAAAGGUAGCUGAGAUGUGAAGCCCAUCCUUUGGCUAAUUUACAGCCAAAAUUUCAAGGCUGUAGUUGAACAGAUGCAAAUGUUGUCUCAGCAUCUAUUUUUCCCCUUUGUUCRUAUUUAAAUCAAGGUUUUAACUAGUAAGGCUCACUUACGCAGGUCACUAAUGAGACUGUCUUUCUUGGGAGACCUGUUCUGCAGCUGUGGCUCAGAUCUGAAUUAAAGCUGAAAUCUGCAGGGGGUCGUUAUGUAGACAAGUGCAAAGAUAAACUUGAGAACUGAAGAAGAUGAGGGAUGACACUCGGCUCUUUAUCUUGUUGCUCGCUACAAGGGUUCAGGAACACGACAGUUUCAGCUAACAGGGGGCUUAGGAAUGCAGCCGGAAGCGGGACACCCUUCUGAAGUAUCCAAACUUAAAUUUAAGCUGUCUGGACGGGUGAUGCUACAUGGCCCCAGCCUUUAUUUUGAGUAGCUAUGAUGCAGGUCAUGAGUGAGAGAGCUGAUUUAACAAGGGAAGAGGAAAAAGAAAAAGGCUGGCAAGGCCCCAGGAUUUUUCACAUUGUGACCGUAGGCUGCCCCGCAGGUUUUUUUUUCUUUUUUUCAGAAAUGCUCUUAGAUUUUGUUUAAUAAAAUCUGUAAUGAUGCAGUAUUAGUUAACACCACUUCGCCUUUAAGUGUUGAGUGACUUAUCAGAUAUAGUAUUUACUUCUAUUAGCAAACUUAGCGACUGACAUAUUUAGAUACAAUUUUGUUUCCUGUAGGAGAGAAACGACGACUGUUUUUAAUGGAAACGGGAUUGAGGCUUUUAUGUCAGUGAUAAUAAACAAAUUACCCGAAGUACAAAAAUCCUUUAGUUAAAACGGAGCUACUCCAAAAGUGCACAGAAUGGUCAAAGUUGUCUUUUUUAGCAAUAUGAGGAAGGCCUGAAAAAUGCACACAACGCCUUAACAUAGACUAGAUGCAAAUAAAGAGGCUAAAUGGAGCUAAAACGUUCGGGCUCUGUGGGAUYGAGCACCGCUGCACGUGAGUAUUCCCCCAGAUGUCCUGCAAGGAAUUGCUCAUCAGCAACAGGAAAGGUUGUGCAGACUGACCUUUGUGUUUCCAGGCAGUCGGGUUUCUCCGGGUCCCAUUGCUUUUCAGCAAUUCCUUACAGCACUGCUCUUAUUCCCUGCCUUUAUUUAAAGAAAAGUGAGUUUUCUCUACCACAUUUUUCUGACAUCAACAUAAAAAAAAGGCAGCAUCUAUAAAAAUGUGGUGCAUAAAUGUGGUUUAAUUCCAGAUUGCCGUUGGAUUUAAAGUGUUAUCGAAUUUCAGUGACUUUCUGCCUUAUGUUAAAGAAAUAUAUUACUUAAACUUCAGUACGCAGUAAUGUAUGCUGUCCUGCAGGAGAUUUAUUUUUGCAGGAUAUGGAGUGCAAUGAAAUGAGUCAAUAUGGUGAGGUGUAUGUGAUCUCUGGGAGUUAGGCCAUUUAACAUAGGAAAUGCAUUGUUCUCUCUUGCACAAAAUAUAGCACAGCACAGCGCAGGGUAAGACAGAUUUCCUUUUGCUGCUCUUAGAAGAUGCUAGUAAGGGCUGCUAUUAAACACACCAAAUAUAGUUGGGUCUGGUUGUGGUCACAACAGAGGAAAGCUGGGAGCUGAGCA